AUGGCUAGAGUUUUGCAAUUCUUUCCUGCUUUUCUGGCAGUUUUUGCUGUCGUAAGUGCUGAAACCUUUGAAGAAAAUGCUGCUAAUCCUGGGGAGAUAGCAGCGGAAUUCGAGCUUCAAGACUUAAAUGAAGCUUUAGAAGACGUCGCUGAUCAAGGGGAAGAAAAAGCCGAAGACGCUGAAGAGGCGAACUAUGCAAUCAUAGAACAAGAUGCCAUUCAAGAAGAAACUUCGGACGAAGCUGCAGAGGAGGAGAGCGACCCGGCCGAAGACACUGAAAAAGUGGAAAAUACUCCCGUUGAACAAGACGCCACUGAAGAAGAACCUUCAAACGAAGCUGCUGAGGGGGAGGGCGACCAAGAUGACGUUCAGGAAGAGGAAGCACAAGACUAUCACCGAGAAGAUGAAGAAACCAGCGAGGAUGAAGUAGAAGAUGGGAUUCCAGUGAGGAGAUGUGGCUUCAAGCUAUACAACCCAUUGACUCAUAAAUGUUGCUUUGGCAGACAAAUCGUUCCCAAACAUAGUAGCUGCCUUUUUCCUCUCCCGAAGUGUGGUUUGGUCACCUACAACCCGAGGACCCACAAAUGUUGCAUUCUCGGCCGUUUACGAAGAGUCAUUCCUAGAUCCGCAAGCUGCCGCCGCAAAUGUGGCCUGAUUACCUACAACCCGAAUACCCACAAAUGUUGCAUACUUGGCACCUCGCGAAAAGUCGUCCCAAUAUUUGCCAGCUGCCCUCGCCCUUUCUUGAGGUGUGGUUUAAUUCCCUACAAUCCGAGGACCCACAAAUGUUGCAUUCUCGGCCUUUUACGAAGAGUCUUCCCCAGAUCUUCAAGCUGCCCCCGCAAAUGUGGCCUGGUUACCUACAACCCGAGGACCCACAAAUGCUGCAUUCUUGGCAGCUCACGAAAAGUCGUUUCCAUAUUUUCUAGCUGCUCUCGCACAUGAUACGGGGAACCCCACAGCAUCUAUUAUCAGAGGUGCUGCGCCUAUGGAAGUAUAAUUCCUAAAUAUAGCAAAUGCUAGAAAGCAGAUUAAUCUGGUCUUGUUGCCCAAAAACCACAGAUUUCAAACUGCUGGUUUAGCGGUAAAUAAUUUUUAACUUACGAAUUUUUGAAUGAAGAGCAAUAUAAUCGCAAAUGACUAAUUUGCAAAACCAAUGCUAUCCCUAACUGACAGUACUAAGUAACUCUGAAUGAUGCGGGUGUUUAUGAGAGUUAAGUAAUGGUUAGUUGAAAUAAACAAAAAUGCUUUUGUCA